CCAACAACUUCAAAGACUGUGGGUCAUUUCACUCUGAUCGAUCGGCCAUCCCGCCGCGGAAGCGCCCGUGGGAACUGGGAACCAUCUCCAAUUCUCCAUCAUCCGCGCCGCCACCCACUGCCAUGGCGCUCCCGACCUCGGACCCGAUCCUCGGAAACCUCAGAGGCCCGCAGCAGCAGGUGUGCAUCCACGUCUUCGCGGCGGGCAGCCACGGCAUGUCGUCCGGGGACCUCCAGGCCGCGCUGGACCUCACGCCCGCCACGGUCACGAGGCUCACCAACGCCCUCGUCGUGCUGGGGGUCCUCAAGAAGGUGCCCGCCGUGAGAUCACCCCGAUUCCGGAACCGGCAGGCACCAGUGGUCUUCAUGGACGCCCGCGUCGAGCCCUCCGCGGAGAUCACGGGCGGCGGCAGAUGGCACCACGGCGACGGCAAGGUGGACGCCCCCGCCGUCGCCCUCGCGCGCCGCGCGUGCCUCGACCAGAUCGACCGGCUCCCCGGCCCCGCCGCCACCCCGUCCAUGGUCCACGCGGGCCUCGUCGGCAGGGGAGGCGGCGGCCCUGCUGGCGUGCUGUCCGUCGGCCAUGUCGCGGAGGUGCUGCGGGCCAUGGCGCUCGGCGGGGUCCUCGAGGAGUGCCGGAACAACACCGGGGAAGAAGAAGGGGAGUUCGGGGGAUUGGGGCAGGGGAGGUGUGCUACCGGAGCCCGGAGGGCGGGCGCCCCGGCGUGGGCCGGCGCCAUGGAGGAGUUCCCGUGCGGGGUCUGCCCCGUGAUCGGCCAGUGCUCGCCCGAUGGGGGCCUCGUCUCGCCGGCCACCUGCGUCUACUUCAACAAGUGGCUCGAGAUGGAUUUCUAGCAGUGCGUGCCACGCUCUCUAGCUCGCCUGUGACUUCUGCCGGAAUUCAGCUAAUUCAGAUUGCUUGA